AUGAGAGUGAGGAAAAAUGAGAAGAAGACAGACACACGCCGCAGAGAGAGCUUGCAAGUAAUGAACGAACGAGGAGCGGUGGCGCAGCCUCAGGUUUUAAUGGCAGAAAAGCCGUCGCGGAAUGACGACAGUGGUGGUGCACGACAUGACGGCGCUGCCCUGUUUUGCCGGGCCCAGGCGUUCCCCAUCCCGGCUGCGCUGCACGACGCACCCGGCACGCGACCGCCGGCCCCGGAUCGCCACAGCCAGAUUGCCAAUCCAAGACGUUGCGUGGGUGGGUGGGGUGAGGGUGUGGGGACCUACGGCGGCAGUGGUGGUGGUUGGAGGAGUUAAAAAAGGCGCGCGAAGGAACGCCGCCAACGCGCCUCGCACGCGCUUCCGCUUCGUCUCGACCGUUGGAGGAGUUGUCGGUGUUGGGGUUGCGUCACUUCCAAACGUGCUGCUCGGCGCGGCGCGUGCGCCCGCCCGGCCUGUCUCUCUAACGUCAGCAAGCGUCCUUGUCUGUCCGGGCUUCCCUUGUAUGCGACGCCGGUUCUCGAGGCCAGGUUUCUUGAGUCCAAGGUGACACGCUCAAUUCCUGAGGUAUUUAUGAUGAGGUGACUUUGGUGAGCACAAUCUCUUGCAUUGAUGCUAGGAUCUGAUGCUGUGUUUGGAGAUAAAUGAAGAAGCCGAUAUCAGAUAGCCGAGUCGGCAUAUUGUUUCGCUGGUAGAUGGCCAAUGGGAAGGUGGAAAAAAAGA